AUGGGUUCUCGAUGGGUAGUCAUAGAAGGCAGAUUGAAUGUCCUUUAUGAGUGCCUGCUGCUGCAAUGGAGUGACCCCAUCUUUAUGGAAUCCACAGAAACGAUGUCAGAAACCGUUGAGAAAGAUUUUUCUGAAACCUGGGCAGAAGUACUCGCUCCAGAUCCUCAGUACGAAAAGGAUUUUCGCGUUGUCGAUAAUAAAUUUGCAUUCUCCCCCGGCCAGCUGAACAAGCUGCUCAACCCAAAAUCGCUGGGCGCAUUUUACGCUCUGGGCGGUUUGCAGGGACUAGAGUAUGGCUUACAGACAGAUUUGGAAAAUGGAUUAUCGACAACGGAGACCGUUCUGUCGAGGGUCGUUUCCAUCGACGGUGCCAGGCAGGCAGCCUGGUCCAGUAAAGGGCUGGCGACCUCGUCAUGCUCACAUCCCACCAUCCCACCAUCACAGCCUCAGUCUCAGCCGGGCAGCACGCUGUUCGCGGAUCGAACCCGUGUAUUCGGCACGAACGCCCUGCCCUCUGCUCCAAAGAAGAAAUUUAUUCGGCUCCUCUGGGAUGCAUAUAACGACAAGAUAAUCAUUCUGCUGACUAUCGCCGCGGUCGUUUCCCUCGCUCUGGGAAUCUAUGAAGCCGCUUCGGGCCAGUCCCAGGUUGACUGGAUUGAAGGAGUUGCUGUAUGCGUUGCGAUUGCCAUCGUUGUGGCUGUAACGGCCGGGAAUGACUGGCAGAAGCAGAGGCAGUUCGGCAAAUUGAACAAGCGCAAACUCGACCGCUCAGUUAGGGCUAUCCGUGAUGGGAAGACGACACAGGUGCAUAUCACCGAGCUGACAGUGGGCGAUAUCGUGCACCUCGACCCGGGCGAUGCUGCCCCGGCAGACGGAGUGAUCAUCGUGAACCACGACAUCAAAUGCGACGAAUCGACAGCGACUGGAGAAUCUGACCAAGUCGAGAAGGUGAGCGGGUAUACGGCCUGGGAGCGUCUUCGGAACGGAUCAGGCUCGGUAGGGAAGGAAAUCGAUCCGUUUAUCAUCUCAGGAAGCAAAGUACUAGAGGGGUUAGGGACGUAUCUCGUUACGAGCGUCGGACCGCACUCGACGUAUGGACGCAUCAUGGUCAGUCUCUCAACUGAAACCGACCCUACCCCAUUGCAGGUGAAGCUUGCGCGCCUAGCAGGCUGGAUCGGAUGGUUUGGACUGGGUUCGGCCUUGCUCCUAUUCUUCGUCCUCUUCUUCCGUUUCAUCGCGCAGUUGUCCGGGAUCUAUGAGAAUGAUACACCAGCGAUCAAAGGCCAGCACUUCAUGGAUAUUCUGAUCGUUGCUGUGACUGUCAUUGUAGUCGCAAUCCCAGAGGGUCUCCCGCUCGCCGUGACCCUUGCACUAGCAUUCGCAACGGCACGCAUGCUGAAAGAAAAUAACCUCGUCCGACUCCUCCGCGCCUGUGAGACAAUGGGUAACGCGACAGUAAUCUGCUCCGACAAGACAGGGACCCUAACGCAGAACAAGAUGUCUGUCGUGGCCGGGUUCUGCAGCGCGGGCGAAUCAUUCGGCAAGCUCCCUUCUGAUCCUGCUGAAGCACCGGCCAUGACCAUGCCCGGUAUGCUGGAGCGGUUUCCAGCUGCGUUGAAGGAGUUACUCGUGCAUAGUCUGGCUUUGAAUACAACAGCUUUCGAAGAGAAAGAUACGAAUGGGAGGGAGUUUGUAGGUAAUAAGACCGAGAUUGCGCUACUGCAACUUGCGAGCCAACACCUGGGCAUGGACUUGUCCCGGAUACAGGCGGACAAUCGCAUUAGUCACGUCUACCCCUUCGACUCGUCUCGAAAGGCCAUGGCUGUCGUGUACCAAUUGCCGACUGGAUACCGGUGCCUUGUCAAGGGUGCGCCGGAGAUCUUACUUGACGCAGCUGUGCAAAUAGUGCAACCAGGCCCAACAGGGGCUGCUGUGCUUCCAGCGCAGAUCUCUGACAGUGAUCGGCACUUGAUCUCUGGUAGAAUCAACUCCUAUGCCCGAGCAUCGCUUCGAACAAUAGGAAUUGCCUACCGGGACUUUUCGACGUGGCCGCCGAACAUGAAGAGAACCCCCAAUUUCAGCGAGAUAUUGAAGGAGAUCACAUGGAUUGGAGCAUUCGGAAUCCAUGACCCGCUGCGGCCAGAGGUGGUGGAGGCGAUUGGGAAUUGUCACUCUGCAGGAGUGCAGGUCAAAAUGGUUACAGGAGAUAACAUCAACACUGCACUUUCAAUUGCCGAAUCAUGCGGCAUAAAAACUGAGGACGGAAUCGCGAUGGAAGGGCCUGAGCUGCGGAAGCUAGACAAAGACCAGCUCGACGAGGUCGUCCCGAAACUGCAGGUUCUGGCGCGGUCGUCACCAAACGACAAAGAGCUGCUAGUUAAGCAUCUUAAGCGCCUUGGAGAGAUUGUCGCUGUGACGGGCGAUGGGACGAAUGAUGGACCUGCGCUCAAGGCCGCUGAUGUCGGUUUCUCGAUGGGAUUAAGUGGAACAGAUGUGGCAAGAGAGGCCAGCUCGAUCAUCCUUCUAGAUGACAAUUUCCGGUCUAUCGUCACGGCCAUUUCCUGGGGCCGGGCUGUCAACGACGCAGUGGCCAAGUUCCUCCAGUUCCAAAUCACGGUCAAUAUCACUGCCGUUCUCCUAACGGUUGUCACGGCCAUAUACAACAGCCGAAACGAGAGCGUGUUUCGAGCGGUGCAGCUGCUGUGGCUGAAUCUGAUCAUGGACACCUUUGCUGCUUUAGCCCUUGCAACCGACCCACCCACAGCCGACAUUCUCAAGCGGCCUCCAACCCCCCGUCAUGCGCCGUUGUUCACCGUCACUAUGUGGAAGAUGAUCCUCGGUCAGUCUAUCUACAAACUAGCCCUCUGCUUUGUCCUGUAUUUCUGCGGCCACAGCAUCCUAGACCUAGACAGGGAUUCCUACCAGGAGAAGCUCGAGCUGGAUACCAUUAUUUUCAACACGUUUGUGUGGAUGCAGAUCUUCAAUGAGUUCAAUUGCCGGCGUCUCGACAACAGAUUCAAUAUUUUUGAAGGCAUACACCGCAACGUGUGGUUCUUUGUCAUCAAUCUCAUCAUGGUCGGGGGACAGAUACUGAUCAUCUUUGUCGGAGGAGCUGCGUUUGGAGUCACCAGACUGACCGGGCGGCAGUGGGGGAUAUGUCUGGGAUUUGCAGUGGUUUGCAUUCCAUGGGCGGCGUUGCUCAAGCUCGUGCCUGACCAGAUGUACAAGAUCCUGUGGAGCCCUUUCGCCAAAGGAUAUAAGAAGAUGCGGGGAUCCGUACGGCCAUCGAGGCUGCAUAAUGGGAAGGAGAGGGUGGGUGACGAGGAGGCACCACCGGAUCAGAUACAUUAG